GCGAGCGUUUCCCUUUGGCUGGCCCCCUGCUUUUUUGCCCCUAAACCUUUACAUCGAUUUUCUUUUUUUCCUUGGGAGCACCAGAGGACUAUCAGGGGCUUAUCGGAAGGAAUAUUAAGCUCUCCGGUGGAUGCACACACUCUCUGCGUGUUGAUCGAGCAGUGACGGACAGACGGCUGGGUGAGAAGAAGGGGAAAAAAACCUCGGUGUAGAAAAACAGGGAUGGUGGACAAUUCCAGUAGCAGCAAGGCGCAAACGCCCAUUUUAUCUCAGGAGAGUGUCCUGGCAGGAGCAUUCUCACAGGCAGCACUCGCAGGUGUCGCCGGUGUUAAACUUGAGGCAGUUAUGGAGCAGCUCCAGAGGCAGCAGCAAGCUAAACUGGACAUGGAGAGAAAAGAGCGACACAUGAGCGAAGCACACAUCCUGUACGCCCAACAACUUGCUGCUCAACACGCCAUCAUGGCUUCUGCCCGUGCCCAGGGAAUACCAAUAAACCCAGAAUACUUCAACAGCUCCAGAGAGCAAGUGCUAAAGAGCCAAGAGCCUCCAACCAGGGUUUCUACCCAGAGUAGUCUGGAAUCUGCGCAAGGCAGGGAAGAUGAUGAAGAGAUGAACAGAGGACCAGCGUCUGCUGGAGAAGACGAUGAAGAUGAGGAGAUGAUGGAUGGUGAGGACGGCAGCGAGGAUGACGAAGGUGAGGGGUUGGAGUUUCUCAGAAAGCAGAGUCUGGCUCUUCAGCAGCAGGGGGUAGGAAUUGCUCCAUACGCUUUCCCAGUCUAUGCUGCCUCACCGCCAGCUGCAAAAAAACGAGCCCGCUCGCCUCCACCAAAAGUGAAAGAUGAACCAGAGGACAGCCCAUCCCCUACUGAGCAGCAUUCGUUCAAUACGCCAAAUGGUCUUGCCGACUGGAGUUUUGAUGACUCGAUCAAACAGAAUGGUAAUGCAAGUUGGAACGAAGAAAGCGAUGGAGGGAAAGCAAGAGGGGAGGCCUCCAGAGACUUUGCCAAGCUGUAUGAACUGGACAGUGACCCGAACCGGAAGGAGUUUCUAGAUGACCUGUUCAAUUUUAUGCAGAAAAGAGGUACCCCUGUAAACCGUAUUCCUAUCAUGGCCAAGCAGGUUCUAGAUCUCUAUAAGCUUUAUAAACUUGUGACCGAGAAGGGAGGUCUGGUGGAGGUCAUCAAUAAGAAAAUCUGGAGGGAGAUCACCAAAGGCCUAAACCUGCCCACCUCAAUCACCAGUGCUGCCUUCACUCUUCGCACACAGUAUAUGAAGUACCUGUACCCAUAUGAAUGUGAGAAGAAAGGGCUCAGCUCUCCUGGAGAGCUGCAGGCCGCCAUUGACAGCAAUCGCAGAGAAGGUCGUCGACCUGGGUACAGCAACAGUCUGUACCGCUUCUCUCCCUCCCCUAGUGGUGGUCCCCCUCACCUCCUCUCUCCUCCUAAAAUGCACCUGCCCAACACUGGGCAUAAUGGCUUGCAGAGUACACCAAGCCCAGCCCUUAAGAAAGCGACAGUUCCUGAAGAUGGUCCAGCCUCCAUGUUGCCUGGUAGAUUACCCCUGGCUCUUGCACUAGGCCACCAACAACAACUGGCAAGGGCUGCUACCUUGGAACAGCUGCGUGAAAGGUUGGAGACUGGCAUCAGUGCUCCUGCUCUGGCCACAGGAGCCUCUGUCAUAGAGGGGCCUGAGAGAAAGAUGGCCCGCUUGGCUGAGGAGCAGCAGAGACUGCUGCAACAAGCCUUCCAGCAGAACCUGCUUGCAAUGGCAUCACAAGUGAAUCCUGCCAAUCUGCGCCUCAACACUACCAGUACCCCUCGUGAGGAAAAGCAGGAUCUGUCCCUCAGUAUCUCCUCAAAUGGAUCCGCCAGUAUCACAGUGUCAAUAGAGGUUAAUGGGAUCAUGUACUCAGGAUCCCUGUAUGCCCAGAAGUCCUCUGGAGCCUCAGCUGCACCUGUUGGCCAGAGCACUGCUGUCAAUCCCAGCAUCCCCUCCUCCUCUAAGGGUUCUGGCUCUACAGAACCUUCCACUAGUGGCUCGCCGUAGUUCUCAGCAACCACAGGGUCUCUGUUUCUCUCUCUUUGGAAAGCUCACCCUACAGAGAGUCCAGUGGUCUACAAAGCCAAGUCUACCUCCUUUUUGAGACAUCGGGUUCAGUGUGCUGAGAGUGAAAUCCACACUCUUGCAGCCCUUUACCACUUGUCUGCUACAGACUCUCUCAGGACUUGAACGAUCGUAAGAUUGAUCUAACCACAACAAAUACCUCACGUUUUAAUGAAAAUUUCCUGAGCAUAUUUAUGUGCUCUAGACAUUUGAUUCCAAUGCAAUAUGCCUUCCUCUAUGCAUUUAUGGUCCAGAGUCAUCCACCUGCAAACAAUCAUGGCACAAAAUAUUCUGCCAAAAUCAUGCAGGUGGGUGUUUGUUGGGCAUUUUGCCAUCUACUAUUUUUGAAGAGUUUACCAUACCUAUGCACAUCAAUAGUGGAUUUACAAGCAUCCAGAUUUUUUUCUUUUUGUUUCUGUUUGUGCUGUGGAUAGAGGAGUUUCCUGGUUUUGUUAAUUUUGGUUUAUUAACAGUGGAUCACAGUUUCAAGUGUUCGGUUCUUUUGGUUAGAAAUGGGGUCAACUGUUUUCCCUUUUAAUUUUUACUUUGUGUAUUUACUUGAUUUGAUUGUGGAUUUGUUUUCUUUUUUUAGUUUCUAGAUAUCCAGAAGUAUUGCUUUGCAUUUGAGAAGAGCUUUAAGUAUUGAAACUGUUAUUUACAAAGCAAUCCUUUUACUUUCACUUAUAAACUACAGCUUGGUUCAAAGAGAACAGCAUCUUGAAGGCGUGUUAGACGAUCAGUUAGGCUUACAAAUCUGGGCCCUUAUUCCUUUACUUUGUGGUGAAGCAUAUAAGCAGUUCUCAGAAAGACUUAUGAAUUGAACCAGAUAUCGUAUUGCUGAAAAGAAGGACCAGAGUAUUUGUUCAAAAAUAAUGUUCUCCCAAUACAUAUUUGUUUUAGUGACCUUUUGCUUUAACAGGUACACCAACCACCCCCGCCACCACACACACUAUUUUUUCCCUCUCUCUCUCUUUCUUUCACUUUAUAUUUCAUUUUAAGAACUCGAAUGUCUUUCCAUAUUGGAAAGAAAGUUUCUCAGGAAUUUCAGAUUGAUGUCAGCCUUUUAAUUUUUUUUUAUCUUAGCACCAAGGCGCCUCAUGUAUCAAGGCUAGAUAUACCUCACUGGACGAAAGUGAAUAGAGCUACCUCAAAAUUACCUUUAUAUAGUACAAAUUAGAAUUUACCUCAGAAUCAGCUCCCGGUAAAUUACGGUAAAUAAAAAUAUUAUACGCUUUAUAAAUGACCUCUUAUUGAAUUCUGAAGUAUUCUCAGGUUGCAAGUACAAAAACAUCUCACAUUGUAAUGGCAAAUUUUUCCUAAUUAUGUGAGAAGAGUUAGUGAUGUGCAGAUGCUUUAUCUCCAUUUGCUCAGUUUACUGUAUUUAUCUGAUGACUACACAGCUGAAAACCAAAGAUCACACUGUAUUUCUACUAAGUUCUUUCUGGUGUUCUAACGAUAUGUACACAUGGAGCUUGACAAAGUGGAAUUAAAGUCUGAGUUAAUGCAGAAGGUCA